CGUUGUGGAUGGACAGUGACGCCGCGGCACCCCACAGGCCGAAGGAGCGCGCGCACCCCGCCCCGAAACACCCCGCUGGACCCGGACCGCUGGACCAGGACCGCUGGACCCGGACCGGAUUCUGUUGUGACGGGGGCAGCAGCAGCGUCACCAUGGAUACCACCAGCUCCAUCAAGAUGACCACGCUGGCGAUCCAGAACCUGUUCCUCUACGUGGAGGAGGAGAACCUGGCGGCGCUGAAGCUGCACCUGGACCGCUUCAAGGAGGUGGACGGCGUGCGGGCGGGAGCGCGCCAGCUCCAGAGGACGAGUAACGGCCAGACGCCCCUCAUGGUGGCUGCGGAGCAGGGCAGUCUGGAGGUCGUCCAGGAGCUGCGGGAAGGGCCAAGCCUGAGUCAAGCCUGA